AUGAGAACUCUGCAAGGAAUACUUCUGUGGGCGACAGCCGCAGCCUAUGCUUUCGGGGGUAACUUUGGCAUGGACUAUGAUGAAGCUCAUUUCGAGGACUCCCCUUUCCCGGCCGGUUUUGAUUCUCAAGGCUUUGGCCUUCAUGCUCCUAAUUAUCCAGCUGGCCAUGCCCCUUAUAAUGGUUUUGGGUCUAAAAAUGGUGGCUUUGGUGGCCGAGGCGGGUUUGGGAAACCGGGCUUUGGCUUGAAUCAUGACGAAGAUGAGAGCAAAGGAACCACAUCUUCUGGGAGCGACACUACUACUAGUAGUACUUGGUCGUCUUCUAGUACAACUACAACUCAUACCAAAAAUCAUAUGAAAACUGCUCAUACCCAAGCGACAUGGGUUACGACUGCUACCUACGACAACCCUUCUGCGAAGAUGAGUGCGAUUAACGACUUUGGCGGCAGCCUUGGCAAUAUUUUCAUAGGUCACAAUGGGGGCCAUAAUGAGAAUUCAGGAUUCAAAUUUGAUGACUUUGGCUUCAAGGUCAACCAGGCAGGUAGCCAAAACGAGGGUACGGAGGCAGAGACAACAACAACUAUGUCGACAACUACAACGUCAAGCUCUAGCUCCUCGUUUACCUAUGUAUCAACAUCAGCUCCAAACUCUGCUAACUGGCGUAGCUCGAAUGGCCAUCGUGAUCCUGGCUCAUCGGGGCGCAAAUACAAAGGGGGGAGCGACUGGCCUUCGAAUAGCGGAGCUAAGUUUGGAAAGCAUAAUCAUGACUAUAAGAGAAGUAAUGCCGACCCGAGAGAGGGCGAUGAUGACACAACCCUCGAGGAACGAGGCUUCGGUAACGUUGGUGGAUUCUGGCGAGGCUGGGGCGGAGGAAACUGGAACGGAGGUGGUUCGCAGGGAGGUGAUACACACGGAAGUAAUGAAAAUGAAUUUGGACAUGGACAUGGAGGCGGUGGACAUAGGGGUGGCCAACAUGGAGGCUCUGGUGGCAUGGGUCACGGUGGCCAUAAUGGCUGGGAUCCUACUUGCAUGGCCUCAACAGUCACGGCUACAUCGACAUCGACAUCUACUACAACGGCAACAACUACAAAAACGACUACGGUUACUGACACAUCUACAUCUACAUCUACAACCACAGCCACAGAAACACCCCCUAAGCCCCCCAAGCCCCAUGGAAUCCAUGACAUUCAAUCUGUGACUAAAAAAUACACUGCCACAAUUACGAUCACGAAUGGUCAUACUAAAACCGCGACUGAGACCAAGUUUGAGACGGACACGGACACUAAAACUGUAACGGCGACGGAAACUUCAAAAUACACAUCAACUGUAACAGUAUCAGACUACUCGUCACUUACAUCAACUGUAACCGUAUCGGUCACCGCCACAGUUACUUCUGACUAUACUUCUACUGUUACUUCAUAUUUCAGCACUACGUAUACCUCUGACUAUACAUCUACUGUUACGUCAUAUUUUAGUACCACGUAUACUUCGGAUUAUACGUCUACUGUCACCUCUGACUAUACGUCUACUGUUACUUCAUAUUUCAGUACUACGUAUACUUCGGAUUAUACGUCUACUCUCACCUCCGACUACACUUCUACUGUUACUUCAUAUUUUAGCACUACGUAUACCUCGGAUUAUACCUCCACAGCUACCUCUGACUACACCUCUACCGUUACCUCUUACCUGACUUCAACUGUCACUUCCACUGUUACGUCUUCCGUUCCCUCGUCCUUUACUAGCACGGCAACUUAUACAAGUACCGCGACGGCGACGGUUACGAACUCGGCCACAGCUUCAACUUCAACACUCACAAUUACUAUCUCUUCUGCAGCACCUGCGACAAUCAAAACUAAGACAAUUACAAGCACGUCCUCAGGGAGCACUUUCACGAUCACCACCACAGUUACAAGUACCAAGUCCGGCAAUACGCCUACGGUCACUGACACGGUUACUAGCAAUAAGUCUGGGAGUACUGCAAGGUCGUCUACAUCAUCAUCUUCACCUGCUAGCGCAGUCGUGACGACUAUUACUACGACCAGUUACGGCUCAAAAGGCCCAACCACCAUCACCACAACGAGUACAAGCAACCAGAAGAGCACGACCACUCAGACCAGGAACACGAGCACAACGGUCACCAGCACUGCAACUGGUAACUCGUCUACUAGGACGUAUGCGGUCACGGGCGUGACGACAGUAACGAGCACGAGUACAGGCAACUCGGGCUCCGUGGUGACCGUGACGACGACAAGCACGCAUGUCUCGACUGUAACGCAAACAUAUGCCACGAGAUCAAACGCAGCUGACGAUCAAGACAUAGCCGCCGGCGGCUCAUUAAGGAUGCCUCGUGGGCUAUUCCUGGGAGGAUGGGCUCUAGCUAUCAUGGGUCUAGCAUGA